CGCCGCCGCCUCGCCGCCGCGCCGCCGCCUCUUCAGUCUCGAGUCGGGGGCAGUCCCUGAAAACGCACCACAAUGGGGGCUUAUAAAUACAUGCAAGAGAUCUACCGCAAGAAGCAGAGCGAUGUGAUGCGCUUCCUGCUGCGUGUGCGAGCCUGGCAGUACCGUCAGCUCAACAAGCUGGUCCGUGUCCCAAGGCCCACUCGCCCAGAGAAGGCCAGGAGGCUCGGCUACAAGGCCAAGCAAGGCUUCGUCAUUUACCGCAUGCGUGUGCGCCGUGGAGGCCGCAAGCGCCCCGUUGCCAAGGGUUGCACAUAUGGCAAGCCCAAGAGCCACGGUGUGAACCACCUGAAGCCUGUGCGCAGCCUGCAGGCACUGGCAGAGGAACGCGUGGGCCGUAGGCUGGGGAGCCUGCGCUUGCUGAACAGCUAUUGGGUUGCCCAAGACUCCACCUUCAAAUAUUAUGAAGCCAUCCUCCUCGAUCCCCACCAUGACAACAUCCGUAGAGAUCCUUCGGUUAACUGGAUAUGCGAUGCCUCUCACAAGCACCGUGAGCUGCGUGGAAAGACUGCUGCUGGACGCAGACAUCGUGGUCUGGGCCGUGGUAUUGGCUACUCCCACACCAAGGGAGGCUCUCGCCGUGCACGCUGGCUCACACAGAACUCCCUCCAGCUGCACAGGAGGCGAUAAACUUUUGUUUAUUAUUAAGCUCUUGGGCUUUAUUAAUAAAAAAAAAAAUACAAAAAUCGGAAUGUUAUUUUACUCCAUCGGGGGUUAAUAAAACACAAUUAUUA